GAACUCCAGGAUGGAUCCCAGCUCUCCUAAAUAUUAUCUUGAGGAUAAUUUUGAUCCAAAUGACUUAUAUGACAUUUAUGUCGGUGCCACAGCAGAUAAAAAGCACAUGGAUGAGCUUUUAUUAUUCCCUCUGAAGGUAAUUUUCAGUGAGGUAAAAUCAGGUAUGUUUUUAUUUCUGGUUUACAAUCUUUAUUUUGUGAUCUCACAAUUGUAAUACACACAAACAUUGGCUUUGCAGGUUACCAUUAUAGACGCUUAGGUGCACCAUUUUUCAAGGUGUGUAUAGCUAUAAAAUCCCUACAUUUAGUAACAUUGCGGCAGCAACAUCUUGGAGAUACAUGUUAACUACAAGUUAACUGGAAAACUUAGAACAUUCUGCAUAGCAGUGACAUGCUAAAUGUGCUUGGACUAUCCGGAUAGGCAUAACCAUAAUAGCAGAGAUAAUAAUAUACAUUAACUCACAAAAGUGAGUACACCCCUCACAUUUUUGUAAAUAUUUUAUUAUAUCUUUUUAUGUGACAACACCGAAAAAAAAUGACACUCUGUUACAAUGUAAAGUUAGUAAGUGUACAGCCUGUAUAACAGUGUCAAUUUGCUGUCCCCCUCAAAAUAACUCAACACACAGCCAUUAAGUGGAAAUGGCCACUGUGUGGCCACCAUUAUUUUCCAGCACUGCCUUAACCCUCAUGGGCAUGGAGUUCACCAGAGCUUCAAAGAUUGCCACUUGAGUACUCUUCCACUCCUCCAUGAUGACAUCACUGAGCUGGGGAAUGUUAGAGACCUUGCACUUUUCCACCUUCCCUUUGAGGAUGCCCCACAGAUGCUCAAUAACAGGCAUAGGUUGUACCAUUCCCACCAAGGAUAUAGAUGUUCAGGAAAUCAAGUAGAAAAACUGGUCCAAUAAAAUAAGUGAUUUUAUUGCUAAAGAAACAUAAAAAUAGAGUAAAAAAGCUAAAUAAAACCAUUUUAAAAUAAAUGUUACACAUUUUACCAUAAAAAAAGGCAGUGUUCCCCAACCCAGUCCUCAGAGACCACUAAUAGUCCAGGAUUUAUGUAAUUCCCUGUAUUAUUCCAAUGGGGAUACUGACAAAACCUGGACUGUUGGUGGUCCCUGAGGACUGGUUUGUGGAACACUGCUCUAGAUAAAGCCUUUUUAUUGUAAAAUGUGUCCAGCGUAUUUUAAAAUGGUUUUACUUAGCUAUUUUACUCUGGGGAACACUGGUCUAGAGUGUUUACAGAGGAAGGGACCUAUGCUGCUUUAACCCUUAAGGACAGAGCUUGCGAAGCUGGUCUUUCACUUAAUGACAAUAGCCUUUUUUUAACAUUUUUGCUGUUUGUGUUCAACCGCAAUUUGCAUUUUACUAAUUUAUUGCACCGACACAUAUUACAUAUUGUUUUUUAAAGGACAGAAAGGGCUUUAAUUUGAUGUAACACACACACACACACACAUAUAUAAAUGCUUAUUUAUUAUAACAAAAUACAGAAAAAUGCAAAAAAAAUGAAAAUUUGUGGGGUUUUUUUUACAGUUUUUGCAAUUAUAAUGUGUGCAUAAUUAGUGCAGGUUAAGAAAAGUAAUUAAAAAUAAAUUAAUUUAGUUGUUCUGAUUUACAGAAUAUAUAAUGUGUCUGGGAUUUUAAGUUUUUUUUGGUAGUUACAGGUCACAAAGCAAAAGGAGUAAAAUAAACUUUUAAUGUGGAGCGAUUUUAGAAUUUGGUGUGUUUGUCUUGUAAGCUUAAUAACCAUAAAAGAAAAACAAAAUUGCCACACAAAAGUAUAUAUUUAUAUAAAGCAGACAUCACUUUCUACAUAGUCAUUUCACUGCCAACCUCUGCUAAAUAUUGGAGUAAAAUUGUGUUUUUGGCACACAAACUUAUAACAAAGAAAUUCUCAUAUGUAUUUUGUAAAGUUGGUGUGUGCUAUUCCUGUACAAAGUUUUAUUUUGUGUUCAGUUACAUCUGCUGAGUAAAAUGACACCACCAUUGUAUGUCUUUCACACUAUUUUGUGAAGUUACAGUGCCAUAUAGGAGGCCUGUUCUUUUCAGUAUUCACAGUAGAAUUUUGAGAGACGAAAUUAAUGAGCCUAUGCUUCCAUUUGGGGUAUUAUAACAGUUUGACUGUUCAAAAAAGCCCACAAAGGCCUACCAUUUGUAAAAUUAGACACUCCAGGGUAUCUCAUAAGGUGCUUAUUGUGCCUUAACAUGCCCCCAUUUUUUCACCAAUAUAUGCUAAAGUAUGUGUUAAAAAAUAAUUGUGUGCAUUAUAUAUGGAUUGAAUUUUUGCUAGGCAUUUUGUACAUUUCACAUGUGCCACUAAGUUCAAACCCCCCAAAUUAUGCUCGGCUAAGGCGAACUUUAAAUUUAGGCUGGGCCUAUGUGCAAUUUCCAAGCAUCUUAGCAGGGUUUAAAUUCAAACUACCCCACAAAGGCUUACCAUUUCUUAAAGUAGACACCCCAGGGUAUUUCAAAAGGUAUAUUUUGAACCUUAACAUGGGAUCAUUUUUCUGCUAGCUUGUACCAAGUGUAGUGGUAAUAAGUGGGGUUUUUUUGACACACAAAGUGAGUUUGCACAGUAUAUUUUGCAAACCUUAUGUGUGCUAUACCAACGUAUGUACCUUUGCCAGGUAUAUGUGGAUGUUGAAGGGGUGCAUUUGAGACGCAGCCAUUCAGUUUUUUGUAACUUUGAAGUUUUACGCUGUGUCCAUGUUCCAAUUUGGAGUAGUUUAGACGGUUGGUUAUUGAAACUUACCCACAAACACAUACUAUUUAUUGAAGAAUACACCCUGGGGUAAUUCAAAAGGCAUAUUUUGAACCUUGGGAUCAUUUUUUCUCUAGUUUGUUCCAGGUGUAGUGGUAAUGAGCAUUUUAAGUGUAUUUUUUACUUUCUGAAACUUUUUUUACUUUUAAAAACUAGUUUUUAAACUUUUGUUUUGCUUAUUCAUUUUUUUUAAACUUUUCUAAACUUUCUUAAAACUUUAUUUACAGAUUUAGCAUUUUUCUAAGCUUUUUUUUACCAUUAACCCCUAACUAGCAGUAAGCAGUACUAACAGUAAAUUCCCCAUUUUCCCAUAACUCCCACCCACCCCAGCUAGCAAAAUAUAUAAUCGUAAAAUAUUUAAAUUAGUUAAUUAAAUAAAUUGAACCCCUGAGGGUUAAAAAAUAAAUAAAAAGUUAAUCCUCAGGGGUUAAAAAAAAUAGGAUAAUACUGCGAUCUGUAUUUUGAUCACUGUAGGCAGUGAUCGACUGGCAGGCAAGGGGUUAAUUUUUAUUUGGACUGGGUAAAGGUUUUUUUUUUUACUUAAACGUUAUUAAAACUUUUAGCUUAAUUUUUAACUUUUUAAAGUUUAUUUUAAAACUUUUUUUAACGUUAACCCCUAGUUAGCCUAAAACCAAAUCCCCCAAUUCCCCACUAACUUCCAUCCACCCCAGCUAGCUAAAUAUAUAAUUUUAAAAUGUUUUAAUUAAAUAAGUUUAACCCCUGAGGGUUAAAAAAAAUAAUCAGAUGAUAGUAAAAUGUAAUCCCUGCCAAUUGGUCAGUGAUCAAUUGGCAGGGAAGGGGUUAAUUUUUAAUUAAAAUGAGUAAAGGGGGGUGGGAUUUCAAAUAAACUUUAUUUUUAUUUUUUUAACAGAGGGCAGGAUCAGCACUGAUCCGUCUCCCUGUACUUCAAACAGAACCAGGAAGUGCAGGGAGGCAGAAAGUGAGUAUAUGCAGCACAUGUGCUCGCUCUGAAAGGCUGUCAGAGCAAGCACAUGUGCUGGGGUAGCCUGAUUGGGUGCUCCCAAUCUGCCACUAAUACAGAGGCAGACUGGAGCACCAUUAACCCCGCGAUCGCGGCGAUCCAGGGUUAAUUUUAACACGUGACGGACACUAUAGUUGUUAAGGGGUUAAACGGACACUGUAGUCACCAGAACAACUACAGCUUAUUGAAUUUGCUCUGGUGAGUAGAAUCAUUACCUUCAGGCUUUUUGCUGUAAACACUGUCUUUUCAGAGAAAAUGCAGUGUUCGCAUUACAGCCUAGUGAUAACUUCACUGGCCACUCCUUAGAUGGCUGUUAGAUAUCCUUCCUGGGUCAUGGCUGCCUAAAAUGCUGUUAGGGCUUACCUGAGUUGGGAGUCCAGCAGGCAGAGAUAUAUGCUCACCCUUGCAAGUAAACACAGGCCGAGGUGGUCAGGUAAGAAUUCACCUGGCCUGUGAGUCGGUGUACAGUGGCUGUGCAGGAUUAUUCUCCGAGUUGCAGUACAGGAAUGGAUAAAGCAAGAGAAUAGUUGUGGGAAGCCAAAGGUCAGAGAAUGCCAGAAAUCAGAAUAAACAAAACAACAAGUCAAGGUCAGGAGCAAACUGGAGCACACGAAACAGCAAUACAGACACCAGAGUCAAGGAACUGACCCUGCCUUCUGGGAGAGGCAGGGUUAUAUACCUGGCUAAUCAAACCAUCAAUAUUAGGUGUACCAGGAAAAACUCCAAUACAUGUUCAGCCUUCAUACCGAAGCUGAAUAGUGACUUAGCGGUAGCAUCACAGCCAAAGGACUGCAAGGUACCCAGGUUCAAAUCCACUACUGGGUGCUCCUGGCGUGACACUGUUUGGCACUCUGGAAGUUGCGGUGAGAACCAUGACAAAUGCAUCCAAAAAUUCAGUGUCUCCUCCCUCUGCAUGCAGACACUGAAUUUUCCUCAUAGAGAUUCAUUGAUUCAAUUCAUCUCUAUGAGGAGAUGCUGAUUGGCCAGGGCUGUGUUUGAAUCAUGCUGGAUCUGCCUCCUUGUCAGUCUCAGCCAAUCCUAUGGGGAAGCAAUGUGAUUGGAUCAGGCCACCACUUCUAAUGAUGUCAGCAGAUUUAUUGUUCCUUUUUUGAGGCAAACAGCAUGCAUAUCUACAGCUUCAGGCUUGAAUACAGUAAGACUUUGCUAUAUUUAUGGAGACAUGAGGGGCCCAGAGGAGCUAGAAGGUGGUUUUAACAAUAUAGGAUCAGGAAUACAUGUUUGAGUUCCUGACCCUAUUCUAUGCCACACACAUGGCAACACAACCAGCCCUCUCCACUCACAUACUGCACUGCAAAUAGCCCAUUCACACACGCAAAAAUCCACAAGGAGCCUCACUGUAUAGACACAAUCUCACCUCAGCCCCCCACUGUACCUACCUUAGCCCCCCUGUACCCACCUCAGUGCCCUCUGCUUCCACCUCAGUCUCCCUCUGUACCAACCUCAGCCCCCCUUUACUACCACCUCAGCUCCCACCUCAGCCCCCCUCUGUACCCACCUCAACUACCUAGGUGUACUCCCACCUCAGCCUCCCAGUUCCUACUCAGCCCUCAAAAACCACCUCUGUCCCCAUGCCUCCAAGUGCCCACCACAGCCCCCCUGCACCCCCAUGCCUCCAAGUGCCCACCACAGCCUCCCUGCACCUACUUCAGCAUCUAUCCUUCCACACACUCACUACAGCCACUAUCCUACUUCUACACAGUAGAGCCUCUAUUAUCCAAACACGCGCACACUACAGCCCCAGUAACCACCAAAUGCCUACUACAGAUUCUAUCCCACACACAUGGCAACACAACCAGCCUUCUCCACUCACAUACUGAAGUCUUCUCCACUCACAUAUAGAAAUUUUAUAAAAAUAAUACAAGUAAAGUGCAAACACUAUAUAGGGCAUGCAAAUGAAGAAUGACAUACCUAUUGUACAUAUUCAAAUUGAAAGAUAAGUGCUCAGUGACAUAACCCAAAUAACAAUAAUAACAUAGGCAUACUAACCCAGAGCAGGAGAUACAGCAACCCCGAAUUUUCGGCAAUCGCCUUCCUCGAGGGGGAUUUAAAACUUUAUGGUUCCUGGUUCCUAUUUAUAUCCCAUUAAUGAAACAAAAAAUAUAGGGUAAUCAUUGCCUAAUAAUUUGCUGGAGUGUAAGGGGUGUCGGGAGUGAAACCAAUAGGUCUAUUUCACAUGUAGGAAGACUUCCAGGUUUUCAAAGACGUCAUCACAUAUGCACGUCGUCUGACAUCAUCAUAUAUAUAUAUAUAUAUAUAUAUAUAUAUAUUUAUUUGUGUAAGGGCCAAAUAGCCGUAUAUGGAGUAAGGUUCCAGUAUAAGCGUAGGAUAGUAUAAAAGAGCAAGUCGUUUGUGGUGUGCCGAGACCGACGAUACGAUAGGCCUGUAAAUAAAGAGAGCCCACCAAGGAGUAAGACAAGUAAAGAAAUAGAAAGAAAAAGAAAAGUGUUGAGAAUGAGGAGUGGAUGGGAGGGUCAUUCAGAAGCUGACCUCGAGCGGUAUGGAGCCAGGUAAGUGAAUUAACAUAAGCCCCUCCCACAAUUACAGGACAAAUGGCCUUAACACUUGUGUAAGGGGCAAAUAGCCGUAUAUGGAGUAAGGUUCCAGUAUAAGCGUAGGAUAGCAUAAAAGAGCAAGUCGGUUGUGGUGUGCCGAGACCAACGAUACAGUAGGCCUGUAAAUAAAGAGGGUAAAAAGUGAAUAACCAAAUAUUUAAUACAGAGGGAAUGAGGAAGUUGAUACUUGGGGUAGCAGAGGUGUGAGGUGCAGAUAAGUAUAUGGUUAGUCUGUGUUUAAGGGAAGAGUUCCCUGUGACAAUCCCACUGGUUUGUGUGCCAUGCUGUAUAUGGUGGAGAUUGGGAAAGCCCAAGUAGAAACCCCUCUGCAAUGCUUGGGCUAUGAGUGUGUUUACAGCCGUUGGGUUCUGUUGUGCUGACUGCAAGUAAGGGAAUUCUAGAUUCCCUGAAGGUAUAUGUAUGAUACCUGUAUGGGAACCCUCUGAAAAUCCAGAGCUUAGUAAAUCUACUAAAAGUCUGGAAGAGUGAUGAGUCAGUAGUGUUGAAAAUGCAUGAUGUUUACAGACUUUCAGUAUGUUUUUUUUUUACUUUGUGUUGGGACACAUGGUUUGUCAUGUGCCCUGAACCAUUUGACAGUCUAUAUGCACUGCAACUAUACAUACCAAUAUAAAAUUGUUGAAAAUCUGUGAUUUGCUGAAAAGAAAAUGGGACGACCCAAUUUGUCUCUGGAAGUUCGCUCCGUUGUACCUGAGGUGUUGAUACCUGGAGCCUCAUAGUGAUCGUCUGUUUGAUUGGGAGAAAAGUUUGUUUUGGGUAUGAAAGAGUUAAGGUACAUGCACAAAUAACAUCUCUAUAUAUGCCAAAUGUCAAAACAACUCAGGGAUGGUCAGAUUCCGUUUACCUGGAAUCCCUGGAUCUGACCCCCACACAUACAUCAUCAUACAUAUAUAUGCUUUGUUUCCCAUUGUGCUGGGAUCAUAUGUGCAGGGUUAACGUCCCGAGUGUCAUAAGAAUUGAUUGUACCAGGUAACCGAGUUUCGGUUGGUGUUGGUUGUAUGGUAGCGGGAGGCCCAGUUCAUGAAUGAGGUUAGCAUGGCCUGGUUUCACCUGAGUUGGUGUUGCUAAGCCUCUGCGUGAAGGUGUAUCGAUUCUAGCCAAGGUGCUAGGAAGAGAAUUCUUUGCCCCCUUCUUGAAAAAAUAACAAUAAAGAUUGCAAUUAUUGUUUGUACCCAUGGGUCUUGUACUGGCUUGCUAGCUAAACCGUGAGACAAAACAAUUAGGCUUGGUGUUUUUGGUGACUGGUGAGGCCCUGCUAGCUGCCAAGUGGCUUGAGAGGCUCUAUGUGUUAGCACAAGGGUUUUUUUGUGGCCACCAAACAUAGUGGCAGGAUGUUGGCCUCUCUGUGACAGUAACCAGAAAAUAGGAAAGGGAGUGACAGGUGAGGCCCUCUCUAUGAUACGAUGCAAGGUGGCUAGCUCACGAGUGGCCCGAGGGGUGUAUGCCUCCAAGUGUGAGGCGGGGUGUUGGCCUCUCGGGACCACUAAUCUGAAGCAUAGUGCAGAAAGAGAGAGGGGUAAUACCUAUUGGCCCCUAUCAUCCUAAUUGCCAGUACGCUAUUUCUAUUCCGGGGUAGAUAAGGUAUGUAUAUACCGUGUAAGCAGGUGUAUGUACCUGAAAGUAUGGUUUUGAAACCUGAGAAUCUGUAUAGGUUUCAGUAGUACCUGUAAACUAAAUAGAUGGAGACCGUAUGAAAUAAAGAAAAUCUGGCACAAAACCAAUUAUGGUUGGCUGUUGACCUGUAGAGGUAAGUGGAGAUAAUGUUUGUAAAAUCUCCGUAAAUGUAUUAAUGUACUUGCAGGCCUGUAGGUGGCAGUGUUGGUAGUCCCCAGUUGGUCUUGGUGUAGUAUAAUAUUUAAACAUUAAACAUGCAAUUGGGCCCGUACUGAGUCUGCUUAGGCAAAAUGUUUGUAGCAUGGUGGACGUACUACAGUAUUUAACAUGAGUCCUGAGUUAAAAUUCUAUGUGGUGCCCAUAUGUGAUUGAUCUAGGCAAUAUAUAUAUAUAUAUAUAUAUAUAUAUAUAUAAACCCGCAGUUUCCGUAAGGCUUGUACUAUUAUUAUAGGGGGUUAAUGUAUUUGUGAUAGGUGAUCAUAGUAUGUAUUAUAUAUGAAAUAGAUUACCGGGUAUUUAUGUAUAAAAUAACUGGCUACUGUAUGAUAAUAAAUGUGUCCGUUUAUUAUUAGUAGUGUAUGGCUUGAUAAGUAAAAAAUUGUGUUUUGGUUGUUGACCUAUAGGGGUCAGUGCUUUUGAAAACCCCAAAAUUGACAUUAUAUAGAGUGGUCUGUAGAUGGCAGUGUAUUUCAAACCCUGAGGGUUCCCCCCUCAUUGGUGCGGUUUAAAACCGCCCAAACGGCAAAUGCCUGAUGUACACUAAUACAUGAAAAGAUUACCAUAUGGGAGUAUGCAAAUGCCUGGCAGCCAAGAUACAAGUAGAGGCGAAUGAUUGUAAAACCACUCGGGAGUACAAACAAGUGUUAUACAAUAAAUAAACACAUAGACUCAGUUUGUGCGGUUGGACUGCACGAACGGAGGAGUCAUACAAAUAACGAUUUAAGCUGGUUCUCGUUCGGGACUAUGCGAAAGGUCGUGCAAGCAAGGUACAUGGAACAUGCAUGGUAAUGUUAGAAACGAAACGAAAAGUGCACGAACGGUUUGCAUAGAGAGUCGGUUUGUAGCAAAACCGAAGAUGACCGUAAAGUGAGGACCUGGCCCAUAAAUGAUGCCGUGGGACUGUUGCCCGGCGUAACGGGUAGGUCAACUCACGGUUUGCGGGUCACUAGUACGUUAUAUGCGGCGAUGGAAAGAAGCAAGAAGCUGGUCGGACGGAAAAGCCUGCGGCAGAAUUCCUGGACAAAGCUUAGCGUGGAAGACCUCUUGGGAAAGCAAAAAGGUAUCCCACAAUGGCGACUGGAUGAACCGGAAGUUCAUUCAGAAGCUGACCUCAAACGGUAUGGAGCCAGGUAAGGGGUGUACCUUAUAUAGGUAAGUGAAUUAACUUAAGGCCCUCCCACAAUUACAGGACAAAUGGCCUUAAUACAUAUAGAAUGUGUUACUAUGGUAACUAGAGUAAUACACUGAACUGCAGAUGGAGAAUCUAAGCGCUAUGUGGUAGAAUACAGACACCACUAAAUUUAGUCUACAUUAUUUAUCCAAGGAAACCCUAUGCACAUCAUGUAUAAUACUUUUAUGUGCUAUUAAAGCUUACAAGAAUUCUUGUGUGUGUGUAACCCCUUCACCGCUGCAAAUAAAAAUAGUGUAUAGACACUUGAAAUUGAGAUCUCACCUAAUUGUACACAGCACAUAUUCAGCCUUAAUUUAGUUAUAACAUUAAAAUCCUACAAUGAGCACAACCCAGCAUAUAUAAUACUCAUUAAUUAUCACAGAGAAUCAAGAAAUAGAAAAAAUGCAUGUAGAUACUUUACAUUUCAUAUUGAUUUCAAAACCAAACAUAGACAUAUAACAUAUCAAAAAUACAUAUCGAGUAAUUGCUGUUUGCCCCUUACAAGCCCUUAGCUUUGUCACGGGUGACGGUCCAAAGAUCAGGGCCUGGUGCAGGGUAACCACACGCCCCCUGGUGUUGAGCACCAGUGUUUGUGCAGCCACAUACCAGGGCCCUGAUGCAGUAAGGAGCAGAGGAAAUGAGAUCAUUGCUUGCAGUGACAAACUGAAACAAAAAGGAUUAAUGGCAAAGGAAUGGGCGUGGCAACAAAAAAAAAACACUUAAAGGAAUCCAGGAGACUGGGAAUUCCAGGAACAGAAUAAAGGAAUGAACCCAGAAUACCCAGCAUAAAGAAACAGACAUAGGAUAGAAAACCAGAAAAACCAAGAAAGAGUACUGGAUACCAGAAGUCAAGGCCAGACAUUUGUGUAGAAAGGGAACAGGACGUGACAGGCUUAACCUUAACCCAGACCAUUGGUUACUUACUAAGGUAAGUUGCACAAUGCACAGACUGCAUGACUCACAAAGCAGAUCCAUAGAAGCAAGAGGAGCCAUCCAGGGUGUCUCUCAUACACUUAGGAGUCACUUGAGUUCCACAAUUUCUCCUCAUAUGUGGUCUAAACUGGACUAUUUAUAUCCCCAUAUCAUAUCAAUAUAAAACUAGUUACAUUUAAUGUUUAGGGGUUAAAUUCCCCCUGGAAAUGAAACUACUCUUUGUGAUCUAAAGAAACACAACAUGGAUAUAGUGUGUGUCCAAGAAAGGGAAUUUUUAGAGAGGUCUACACUUCUGCUUGCUCCCAGCCAGAAGUGUAGACCUGCACUAGCAGCUCACCAAACUAACUGGGAAUUCACUGGACCACUCAGGAAGGAAAUUAUUGCUGCCAGCUAUUUCAUUAAUACCAUCAAAUGUUUAAUAUAUUAUUUUUCCUCCAUUUACGCAUACAAAAUUUUUGAUUGUGUAUUUCUUAUAUUUAUAUUUUUAUAUUGUAUAUUUAUAUUGUACUUGCAUGUUAGAUGUUCAUACUACUUUACCCUUUGUUAUGUGGAUGUGUUAAGUGUAUCUAGUUUAGAGAUCUUGCACUAUAUGGGACUAAAAUAUUUUUUUAUAUAUUUUUUUCUUUUCUCUCUCUCCCCUCUGAAUAUUAGCUCCUGUUUUCUUAGUUUUUUUAAAUUCUGUUUUUCAGUGAUAUACAAUUUGAGUAUUCUGUUUGCUUAAAAAUUUGUGACCCCUUUUUUCUAGUUUUCAGCUUUAUUCAGUUUUUAUUCUCUUACUCCCUCUACAUUACAUUACUACAUUACACUAAUAUUUAUUUGGGUGUUUGCUUUGUUAAUCUCUAUUGUUUUUAUUUCCAACUUUGCUAUUUAUAGUCUUAUUCUUCUCCAGGUCGCAUCAAAGGAAGCACCUUGAUUGAUAUUUCUUUUGGCCCCUUUAUUUUCCACUUGUUACCACUUUGUAAAUAUUUUAAAGACAUCACUGUUCUAGAGUUUAAUGAACCCUGUCUAAAGGUGCUGCAGAAAUGGCUGAAUAAAGACGAAGAUGCUUUGGAUUGGUCUCAUGCUGCAAAGAUUGCUGCCGAACUUGAAGGAAACAGGUGCGUCAUCUUUUCAUCCAGUGUAUAUCUGUGGGAGAAUAAUAAUUUCAAGUAGCAUUUAUGGCAAUGAAAUGAUAGUGUUUGAUGAAUGUAGGUAGUAAUAUAUAUAAGAACCAAGACAAGAGAAGACGAAUAACUUGUAAGGCCCUUGUUAUGUCACAAGUUAUAUCUUAAAACAUAUUUACUCUUUCAAAUAUAUAUUUGGCUUAAUUCACAAUAAAGCGAGUACACUCUGCAGGAAUUGUCCACAUACCCAUGACUUACUAAUAAAUACAGUAUACUCUUAGCAUAGGAUUAAUUGUAUUUGAAAAAAGUUUGUUUAACUAUUACCAAUAUACAUCAUUUAUUAAAAUAAUAACAUGUAGUCUAACUUCCAUUUAUUUCUGUAACAAAUAAAAUGUAUUUUAUUUUUACUUUUGCAAUAAAAUUCCAUUUUAAAAUGCACUAUUAAUUAUUAGUAUUUUACAAUGUAAAUUAAAUACUUUUAAUAUCGUCUUUAAGCACUACAACCUCAUGAUAUUUACUCCAUUAGUAUUUCAUUACCGAAGUAUGUAUCGACUCUAAUUGCCAAAAUAUUUUCUUUCCUUAGAAUAUAUUUAUAUACAUUUUUACCACAUGCCAUCAAAUUGUGUUAUUAUAUUUUACAGUGAGAAUUGGGUUGAAAAGGAAGAGGAUCUGAGAAGAUGUAUUAAAACCAUUUUGCCGUGUGAUUUUAACAAGCAAAACCCAACUGACCCUGUUGUGCUGGCAAAAGCAGAUUGUGUGAUUAAUUUGUAUGUGCUGGGUAAAAUUUCAAAAGACUCAGACAGUUACCGUCAAAAUCUAAAGAUAAUGUCAUCUAUGCUUAAAUUAGGAGGGCGUCUUUUAUUGAUUGGGGCAUUUAAAGCAUCACAUUAUAAGGUCAGCGGGGAAAAAUAUCAUGUCUUAAAUUUUAAUGAAGAGGAACUAAGAACAAUGCUGAAAGAUUGUGGUUUUAAUAUUGAACGAAUGGAAGUGAUGGAAAGCAAAAUACGUAGUGAUGUUAUAUAUUAUCAUCAGAUGUUUUAUGUUUGUGCUGUCAAAAUCAAAGAACUUUAAAACCAUUCAUCUGUAAAUAGUUGCCUAUCAAAAAUGUUCUAUGAGGAUGUUUGAAGAAUUUACCUUCAUAGUUCAAACUGGAUAAAUCAAAUUGUAUUUCUUUGC